AUGGCCGGCUUGAGGCUCUCUGGGAAAAUCUCGGUAGAAAAGGAGGGAGGGGGCGAAGCAGCCGGUGGCGGGAGUCUCGCGGCCCCCGGGAAAGAGCCGAAGUUGCGCCUCUCGGCCUCCGAAGCCAGCCGUGGGGAAGGAGGUCAACGGGGAAGGCUCCUUUCCAGAAACUCGGGCGCCCGCCCGAGGCUGAUCGGGAUCUCGGUUUCUCCGCAGAAAGGCCCGCGCUCCAGCCAGCGAGCCUCGCAUUGGGCUGGAAGGAAUGGCUGGGAGCGCCCGGCCGCGUUUGGGGCGCCGUGGAGGCUCCGAGGGCCACACCCAGAGGCCCGGCCGGCUCCGAAGCCAACUUUCCCGGGAAGAGGCUGCGCGGCUCGAAAGCUCCAGGAGCCCCCGGGCCUCGCUUGGGAGGAGGCAAGCCAGGAUGCGGCCCGAGCCCGAGCCCGAGCCCGAGCCGUGGCUCCUCGGCCAGCCUUGCCCGCAGCAGUGCCCGGCAGCGCAGCGCCCCCGCCCCCGCCCCCGCGCUGGGCGCCUGCCUGGCCUUACCUGCCCGUGCCCACCUCCGCGGCAGUCCUAAAGGCUGCGGCGCCCGCCCGGCCGCCGAGGGGAAAGGGCCCGCGGCGGGCCGGCCUGAGGGAGCCGCCGGGCGCAGCUGGAGCCCGGGCCCGAGUGCGGGGCGGAGUGGGGCCGGGGCCGGGGGCGUGCUGGCGAGGUGAGGCUCGUCCCGCGCUGCCAUUGCCCGGGCGGCUGUCACUCAGCGGCGGAGCGGCCGGGGAUUGGCGCCGGCCCGGGUUACGCACUCGCCUGGCGCUCGCAUACAAGGGUAGGGCAGCGGCGAGGGGAUCCAUCUGCAGCCCGGCCACGCUGCCCGGCGCCCCAACAGCCGCCCGGGACGGGACCGGACCGGACAGGACCCACCCCGCCCCGCCGCCGCCGCCGCCGCCGCCGCCAGGUAACCCCCCUGCCUGCUCCCAGGGGAGGCAGGACUCGGCGAGCACCCGCCGCCCGUCCCGCAGCCCCUCGGCGGAGCCCCGCGCGCCCCUCCGCCCGCCCGCCCGCCGGGAAGGGGCGCGCAGAGCCCCCGGCUGGGCACCGGCCGGCGGCGGGGCCAGAAGUUCGUCCCGAGUGGCCCCUCCUCGCCGCCUCCCGCCCAGCGCCUCGGGGCCGGGAGGAGGCGGAGACGAGGAGGCGGGCGCGGGUGGGAGGCGGCCGGAGCCCUUCGCUCCUCACCUGGCGCGGCCCGAGCGCGGCGGACAGGCCGCUUCCCCUGGCCGGCAGGUGAGCGCGAGGGGCGGCGGGGAAGAGCGGCUGCAGGCCAGGCGCGCCGCGCCGCGCUCCGGAGGGCCUGCGAGCGAAGAGAGCCGGGACGCCGCCAACUUUUCCGGGCCCCGCCGCGGCGGCGGGCAGGCGGGAGGCGCGCAGCCGGGCCGGGCCGCUGGUCUGCGGGCUCCGUCCCUGCCGAGCUCCCCGGCGCGCACAGCUGGAGCCCGGCCCCGCGCCCGCCCGGCCCUACCCGACCUUGCCCGGCGGAGCCCGGCCCGUUGCCGGCUUCCUUCGGCGGGCCCUCUCGGCUUCGCCUGGCCCGGCCGGGAAGAGGCGCGCUGCCGAGCCCGGCUCCGGGGGAAGUGGCAACAGGUCAGGCGGCCCUGGACCGGGCGGCUGCUCCAGCCGCGCCUCCCAGCUGCGGCCCUGCCCGGCCAGCUCCUCGCUGCUGCUGCUGCUGCUGCUGCUCGGGGGGAACGGCGCGUGGCGAGUCCGGCGGCCCCGGGCCGAGCUCUCCGGAGCCCGCGCUGCUGUGCGCCGAUGCCUGGCGGGGGGGCCGCGGCUCUUUCUCCAGGCGCCGCCGGGCCCGCCUCUGGGUCUCCCGCCGCAGCCCGAGGGCGCUGGCAGCUCCCCUUGGGGAACUCUUCCCAGCGCAGCAGCCCCGCUCGGAAGCCGCCUGGCCCGCGGGCCAAGUCCCGCUCCCGGCCGGCCGCGCGGGCAGCUGCGCUCCUGGGCCCGGCCUGGGCUUCUGCCCCGGGUCCCCCACCCCACCCCACCCCCGCGGGCUCCUAG